GAGCAGAGAGCACCGCGAAUCGUUAUCGAUCCGCUCAGCCACGUACAAUAUGCGCACGUUCGCCAUCAUCGUCCUGUGUUCCGUGGCCGCUUGCGCCAAUGCGUGGGACAUGAAAGCAGUCAGAGAGUGUGCGCAAGAGGUUGCCAGAAGUCAAUCCAAUGCGCUCAUGGACGAGGUGAACAGGCAUCUCGACAAGGUUGACAAAGAGAACGACGGCUCCGUCGUCAAAGCGAGAGAAGACUUCGAGGAGAAGACAGGGGAAUUUAUGGAGGCCAUGUCCAGACCUCUCAGCGACGCUCGCAAGCACUUCGACGACUGCGUGACGGAGGCCGACGGUCUGAUUGCCAAAGGACGCUGUCAUUACAUGUGGGUGAAAGAAAUCGCGACCGAAGUCCUACCCGCGAUUUCUGAAGCAACCGUCGAGCUCGUCGAUGCCGUCAACCGAAUCGUUACGGAGUUCCGCGAGAACACGACCGCUAAUUUCGACGAGCUCCGAGAAAGAGCUCGUGGAUUCGCUAAGGAAACCGGUUCGCGCUUCAGGGACUGCUUCUCCGAGUAAACGUCUUUGAAUAAAAAAACCCAACGCUUUUGCUCUCAA